AAACGGGGAGGGAUCGAUAGAGGAUGUAUUGCACAAUUUCCUCUUCAUUUAUCGAACCACAACCAACCCAUCAUGCCCAAAUCAAACAUCUCCCGCAGAAGUUAUGUUUGGAAGAAGAUUACGUACUACUUUGGAUACAAUUAUCCCGAUCCCAUCAAGACGGAGCAAAUGUGGUCGAAAUAGUGAAUUUUGGUUCAAUAGACGUCAUGGCACCAAGCAAAGAAGUUUCAUGGUUGGUCAGUCGGUACUGGUUCGUGAUUACAUACGGAGAGAUCGCCCAUGGGUUUCUGGAGUGAUCGUUGGAAGAAAAGGCCAAGUCAUUUACAAGGUCAAGGUUGGAGACCUUAUUUGGGUCAGGCAUGCCAAUCAAAUAAGAAAUAGACUAGUUGGUAAACAGUUGAACGAUUCCAAGUCCGCCGACGUACAAUUUGAGCUAUUGAUAGAUACGACGGAUCCGAAAACGUCACAUGGCCAAAAUAGUCGAAACAAAGGCAAAGUGUCCCAGCAGCCAAGGAGAUCACAACGACAACCAAGACCGCCAAAGUACCUACAAGUGAUUCCGCGAUACAAAAGCUACCGGUAGCCCUAUCUUAAAAGGGGAGGUGUUAGGAAGAGGCAAAACACAUGCAAUUAUCAAGUUAUUAGCGUGUCGUUGACAUGCAUUUGUUUCUGCUUUCUGAUUGGACGCUUGCACAAUUCCAAACUCUCAACCGGAUUGGUUGAUUUCCAGUCUACCUUAUUUUUGUAUAAAUACAGUCACUUUUGUCAUAAAUAAAUGAUUCUGGUUUUACCGCUGAUUAUCGCGUGUUCUGCUUUACCAGUUAAGUGGGCACUGGUCAGUAGUUAAGCAGUUACCUCGUGACA